CGUGGCCGCAGAUGUAAACAAACGCUGCCGUGUUUGGUCCUUCUCGAGGGUCACAAAAAUCGUCGUUUAUUUCGGUUUUUGCCAAAAUGUUUUGCUACUCAACAAGAAAUCUUUAUGGGAGGCUCUCCACCGAAUGCAGAUGGGUUGCCUCUCAAAACAUGGCCACUGCUUCCAAACUCUCAGUUAAGAAAAAGGAACCCAGACAUCCUGUGGGCAAUUUUGGUCUUGACAAAAAGGAACGAAGAACUUUGAGAAAGCGCCUGCUGGAGGGGAAAGAAGACACUUUGAAAAAGCAUGUCUUCAAGAGACUCUACCCAUGGCAAAGUAAAAAGGAAUUAGCUUUGCAUUUAAAAAGCAGUGAAGUGUAUAAUGAUGGUGGACUUAUUGCCUUGUGUAAACCCUAUGGCAUUUCUCAAGCGAGUGAUCACGAGAUGCGCAAAGAAGGGAGCAAGACCCUUGUUCAGACCUUGGCCAGUGGAGGAGUGCCAGACCAGGUGCCUUCGAUAGGCAGGGCCAUUCCUGUUCUGAAGGAGCUCUAUAAUGUUGAUCAUCUUGAAGUGGUUAAAUCAACAGAGAGGUGGAGCAGCGGCCUUAUUCUCCUGAGCACCAAUCCCACUGUCACAGAAAAGGUCAAGAAGUGUUUUAGGUCAUCGCAAGCAUUGCAGCAACCCCACAUGACGUACUGGGCUGUAACAUGUGGAAUGCCAAGACCCGUGACCGUUGCAAAGAAAGUUCCAUUUGGCCUUGAGCAUGUUCCGAACACAGGGCAUGUGCCAGUGAUUAAGAAAGCAUACACCAAAGGCGACAUCAAAAGGGGGAAAACGAAAUUGGCCAUUGUGGAACAUGUGACAAAAAUGUUCAGUAAAGAAUCAGAUAUGUCCCUUGUUGAGGUUAAUGUUCAUGUCACCAAGAACCAUUUCCUGAGAGUAUGGCUAGCAUACAGUUACAGCCCAGUUUUGGGAGACCAUUUCUAUGGAGGUAGAGUGAAAACAAUUGCAGGCAAAAAGGUGCUUGUUGAUGUACAGAAUCUCACAUCAUAUGUUCCACAGACCUUACCCGAUGACACUUUCUCAAGAUUGAAUCUGCUCAACAAAGCAGUAGAGAUGAUACCUUGCCACCUGCACCUCACAAAACUAAGAUUAAGCCGCUUCAAGAAAGACAAUUCCGACCUGGUCAUCACCGCUCCUCCACCUGACCAUUUUGUGUGGACGUGUAGGCAGCUCGGACUCAUGACCGACGAUGAAGGGGAACAGGACAUUGAGGAGGAAAGUUCGUGAUAUUACAAUCAAUUUUAAGAGAUUGUACAUUAUUAUUGUAGUUGAAUUCUUGUUUUAAUAUGUUUGUAUAAAUGUAAAAAAGAACCUUUAACGAUAUAAAACAAUAUGCAUAAAAAGAAAAAGAAAAA